AUGCCUAGACAAUCUGCACACAUGAACCUGUUCAUUCGCUUUUAUGCCGCAAGUAUUGAUCCUAGUGCAAUUCCAGAUGUGGUUUUUGCAAUGUUUAUCUAUCAAUACUUUCAAGUGGCAAUUGUAACUGUCUUAACGUAUGAUGCGAUUAUUACUAUGGAUAACGAGGUCAAAUAUUUUUGGAAAAAGCUGGACAAUUUUGUCAACGUUGUCUACUUUUUGAAUCGAUAUAGUGGUAUUCUUGGAGCUGUCUCUUAUCUCUUUUGGUCUGCAUAUGGCAUGAAUCUUGCAUUGAUGAUAAACAGUAUUUUAGAUGCAACUUUGCUCAUUGGACUCAGAACAUUUCCAUUACUGACAUAUCAGGAAGACUGGAUUACAAUUAUCUUGAUAGAUUAUAUUCUUCUGAUCCGAGUCCUUGCACUUUACUCUCAAGUAAAUCAGACAUUUGGUGUGGGAGCUUUCCCAGAUGGUAUCACUGUAUGUGGACAUGACAGUAUUCUGAAUCAGAAAUUAGGAAUAGUUGACUGGUAUACUAUCUGA